ACAGGUUAUCUCCUCAUCACAGCCAGCGUCUGUCAUCCAUCCCCCAGCAAGGUGGCAUCUCAGGCAGCUAACACCCGCUCCCCUCCGCGCUUCACUCGGAUAUUUGGUUCGCUUCUCUGCUCGGCAUCUCGGGGGACUUUGUUGCAAUGAAAGCAAUCGGGGUUUUCGUGUUUUUCUUGGUGCUUUCCGCGUCCUCGCUGGACAAGGCGGAGACGGCCAGGAGCAGGACCAGCAACCAGAACAGCUUCCGACGGGCAGCUAAUGGCUUCUACCAGACCCUGAGCAGCGUCUUCGGAGAGGACAACAUCAGAGGGUUAUACAAGUUUUUUUCCAAAGCCACUGAGCGAUUCGUCCAUGGCGUGGACUCCUUCCUGGACACCAUCUGGAAGAUCUGGUCAGAUCUGCUGGAUGUGAUGGGCAUUGAUUCGUCAAACCUCAGCCAUUACUUCAGCCCCACAUCCCUCACCAACUCCCCCGCCCGCGCCCUGCUCCUGGUGGCAGCGGUGCUCCUGGCCUACUGGUUCCUCUCCAUGUUCCUGGGCGGCUUCUUUUACCUCCUGCACGCCGUGUUUGGCCGCUUUUUCUGGCUGGCCCGCGUCACCCUCUUUGCCCUGUCCUGCCUGUACAUCCUGCAGAAGUUCGAGGGCGACCCCGAGCGCGCCGUGCUGCCGCUGUGCUUCAUCAUGGCCGUGUACUUCAUGACGGGGCCCGUCGGGACGUACUGGCGCCGCGGGGGCGGGGCCGGUUCGCUGGAGGAGAAGAUCGACCACCUGGACACUCAGAUCAGGCUGCUCAACAUCAGGCUGAGUCGCGUCAUAGACAGCCUCGAACAUGGCGGCGAGCAGUAAUGGCACUGCAGUCCGAGGCAAAGAUGAGUUUAGUGGGAGGGGGCGGGUUGGGAGGGGGGGGGGGGACCUGAUGUAUUUGAUAAGAGAAUCCAGUUUCCUACAAACAUCUGCAGCUACACAACCGCUGGGUAUUUGCAACUCUGCUCUCAUACGGGAAAGAAAACUAGAUUUGACGACAGUGUUUUGAAUUGACGGCUGACCUGGAGCCGACACACCAACCAAACCUCUCUGCUUCACCUCAAGGGUUCGAAGAGUUCUCUGCAUCUCGGUACAAGUCAUCACAGAGAUGUUUGAGGUUUUUGCUGGCCCAAUUCCACACUUCAGCCACCUUAAAGAUUAAAUUAUGGUCCUUGCUUAAGCAGCUUUUGCUCGACGAAUAUGAAGAUUUUCUGUACGUUUGUUUAUACGUGUAAAUAACCGCGGGGUUCAGACUCAACUUUGUCCACGAAAACAAGCGUCCCCUUUUUUCAAACUACUGAAAUGGGGCAGGAUGUAUGACGUUGGGAACUGGUUAUUUCUAAUGUAGAAAUUCUUCGAGAAGUGAGAUAGUUGUAAGAUUUAUUUAUUCCAUUUUUUUGUUUCCAUCCAGAAUGUUGAAAUCAUGUAGAUCUAGAUUGUUACAUCGAGUCACAGUUCUAAUAGUUUCGGACCUCUUUUUCCUGUGUGGAUGCGUGCGAGCAUGCGCGUGGGGCGGACAAGCCUGCGAACUGAAAACAGCACCGUGUUUAAAGUCACAAUCUGACCUGGGGAAGAAAAAUGACAGACAGGCAGAUUUAUCUCAGGGACUCAAACACACACAUCAAAUUGAAAGGAGAUGGCUAAAAUCAUGUUUUGGUCUCUGACUCUGAGCUCAUUUGCUUUCAAAUUUAUCUCGGUAAUUCUCAGUAUUGUCCUUUUUUUUUUUGUGCAUGUUAUUUAAAUUGCAGAUUUAUUAUUGUCUCAUAGCAUGACCAUCAUCGUCUUUUGAUACCAGCAUGACAUGAUUGUAGGAAGCCAAAGGAGCUCGUGGACUUGACCUGGAAAUUGUUUCUCUCAUUUUUUUUGUUGAAAGUGAGUUUUAGACAAAAGUAAGUGGUAAAGGUCAGACCAGUCUGUCUGAAAGCUUUCUUAAUACACACACGAGCUGAGCAAAUUUUUUGCUCUCCAAAUCUAGAAUUUGAUAGUUUAUCACUUCAGUCCAUCUCAAGCGCAAACACACGCUAGCGUUCACACCUAUGGGCAAAUUUUUGUUUUCAGUUAUCCUCUAAUGUGUGUUUUUGUGGAGAAAACUCGAUGGAGGAAGGGGGAAAAAAAAGCACGUGCACAGGGAGAACAUGUAAACUCCACAGAGAAAGGCCCGUCACUACACCGCAAUGAUGCCCAUUUUUAUCAGUGGUACUUUUAUAGCGUACAGGAAGAGAUCGGUGACUCACGAGCAGCUCUCGGUUCUGUUUUUGGGAUGUUUGGCCUCAGCUGUAGAAUCGCACCCCAUCAGAUGGUUUUGCAUGUUCAGUAAGUCGGUUUUGUUUUGUUUUGUUUUUUUUACUUAAUUCAAGCCUUUGCACCUUUGGUUUUGGAAAUUUAGGGGAGGUUUUUCACUGAAGGGAGGUCUUGUGCCUUUAUUCCUACUUCACUCAUCCAGGUGUGUGAUUUAUUUUCUUUUUCUCCUGUGGUUGGAGGUUUACCUGUAAUCUGUGACCAGCCUGACCAAACAGUCCGUGUGCUACGCUGUCGCCCUCUUGCAUGUUUUACAUGUUCAUUUUUUCCUGCAGCUCCGUGUCGCCAUAUGAAAGUAGCCCUUUUUAAUGAUUCUUACAAAAAGAUUUUGCUGAUAUUGUUCCUCUCCGCUUUUAGUAAAUUCCAAGUAUUUAAUGUCACCUGUACAGAAGUGACCCUGCGGCUGUGCAGCUUUGUCCGGGGCGGGACGGGUGCUGUCGGCGGUUUCAUUGUCUCAUUUGAAGGUUUGACGGAAGGACAGAAGUGUAGUGUUUCAGGCAGUCCGCUGCAGCCAGGUCACAGGAUGAACCGCUGUUAUACUUUGACUCAGCUCCUUUCUGUCCCCAAAUCUUUUAUCAAGAGAAAUAGUGAAAUAUGAGAUCAGGUCAAUAGAUCUGACGCCGACUGUGGCUUUAUCCCAGCACAAAUUAAAGUUGAGUCCAGUCGCUGGAUCUGUCCUCACAUCAGGCUAUUGCCUUUGUUGUUACAGGAGUUUAAUGCUAUGAAAACGUCGGUCAAUCCCAUGUUGUCUUACUGUUGUUCUUAAAGAACCCACGGUCUUCACAGUGAACCACAUUGAAUCCAGUGCGGUCUGCCAAGGUAGAAAACCUCUUGCAAAAUGUGAAUGAUGUGUUUUAAAUAGCCAGAACUUGAUUAUACAUAUUUAGAAUUGUGUUUCUUGUAUGAUUUUUCUGUAUAUUACCGUUAACAUUUGCACUGAUUUCUAAACUGUGUGUUGACCAAAUGAUUUUAGUGUGCAAAGACUGCUGGACAUUGUAAAGCUGCGCACAACUGCUGUUGAAUCCGUCGUUUAUUUGUGGUGAGGGAGCGACAGAUUUCACCCAGAUGUCCAGUGAUCGAUGUAUGUUUGACAGCCACACAGUAAGUGAAGGCGUUUAAUGAAUAACGAUCACGUAUGUUGUUGAAGGAAGCUGCACACUAAUUUGAAAUGUGAUACUGUACUUGAAUUCAGUCUGGAAUUUUUUGAGUUAAUUCUGAGUAAAACAAUUUCUCCUAAAGUCGCAUGUAUAUUUUCUCUCACAGCUUCAAGAGGCUUUCCAUGUGUCUCAGACAUGACAGGGAAAUAUACUUUAAGUUGCUGGUAACUGUACAUCUACUCAUGCACCACUGGUUCUUAACACCCCAAAUCUGAAGGAUGCUAUAUUGAUUUCAUAGCCAGCAAGGAUCCAGUGCAACAUUCGGAUUAUAUCAGUUGUCUGCUCUUUGACUUGCAAGUUUUUUUUGUUUUUUUUUUAUUCGGUGUACUGUAUCCUGCCUAUUCCUUUCAUUUUACAUAGCCUGAUUUUUUUUUAAUGAGAAAUUGUGCCAAUUAUUUGUUACUGUUGCUUUUUGAGUAUUUGUGCUUUUUUUAUUUCACUUAUUAGCAUUUUUAGAGCUUUUUUUUUUUUUUUAAUCUUUUUCUGUACUGUAGUGUUGUGGCAAGAGCCGAUCUGUGCUGCCUGCUGUUGUCGACUUUGUGUUUGAGUGUGUGUCUUUUUGAACUCUUGUUGGUGGGAAUGUGGUUCUUUUUCUGUCAGAGUGAAAAUGAGGUCCACAGUUGAAUAAAUUAAACACCACAGUAUGAUUUAAA